AUGCAAGAAAACAUUCAAGAUGACAUGCAAAACAAUGGACAAGAAGUCACGCAAGAUGAAAUACAAGAGGACAUACAACAUUCAUUCGACGAUACACAUAAGAACAUGCAAGAAAACACACAAAGGCAAAUGCAAAAGAAAGAUAAUGCAGAACAACAUCGCCCUAAAAAUAUCCAAACACCAAAACACAAAAAAAGUAGACAUGAUUCAACACUAGAAUUACUAAAUAAAAGAGAAGACGAACGAUCUCUAGUAUAUAAAAAGAUUCUUGAAAAACAUUCUCCACUACAGCCAUCACAAUACGAAAAUUUUUUGACUCGAUGGCUGAUGUUGUCGAAACUUUUCCACUACGUGACCAGGCAGACAUUCGACUAA